AUCUAAGAUAUUUCUAAAAUUGAAUGUUUUGAAAAAUUUUAAAGAAUGACGCAGGAAGCGAAUAGUGAAAAGACGAAUUAUCCAGAAUUUCCAGUAAAAGACAAAUUUUAUGGCGAAAAAAAUCCUUUUGAGGAUGAAUCGGAGGGGGUUAAGUAUAGAACUAUGUCAUGGAUGCAUACAGGGGUAUUGAUGACAGCCGAAACAAUUUCCCUUGGUGUUUUAUCACUUCCAUCUAUGUAUGCAACUCUUGGAAUUAACCUUGGUCUUUUUUUUGUUAUAUUACUUGGUAUUGUGGCAACAUAUACGGGCUAUGUUCUUGGUCAAUUUAAAGCGAGAUAUCCUUUUGUUUAUAAUAUGUCCGAUGUUGCAUAUAUAAUGUGUGGACCUAUAGGACGUAAAUUCAUUGGGGUUUGCCAAAUUGUUUUUUUAAUUUCGGCUAUGGGAUCUCAUGUUCUUACUGGUGGGAUUGUAUUUAAUACGAUUACUAAUCAUGCUACUUGCACUAUUAUUUUUACUUUUCUGACAGCAAUUAUAUGUAUGCUUUUUAGUCUUCCUCGUACUUUUAAAUUUGUUUCUUAUUACUCUAUUGCAUCAUUUGCAAGUAUUAUGAUCUCAGUAUAUCUUAUUAUAUUUGCUGUUUCUAUUGGGAAACGUCCUGCUGAUAUCACUUUCGGAAUUCCAAAAGAUACUACUUUUUUUAGGGCCUUUAGUAGUAUUACAAAUAUUAUAUUUGCAUAUGGUGGUCAUGUUAUUUUCUUCAGUUUAAUAUCGGAAAUGAAGAAUCCAUCAGAUUAUGUAAAAUCAUUAUUUAUGCUUCAAGUAUGUGAUAUAUUUGUUUAUCUAUCUGUUGUCAUUAUAUAUAUUUAUGUUGGUGACAAAGAAUUUAAGAGACUAAGUUAUGUUACAGCGUUAAGUGCAGCUUCUCCUCUUAUUAGGAAAAUCGCAUAUGGUAUUUCUAUUCCUACUGUUAUUAUUUCUGGAUCUAUUAGUGGACAUGUUUCAGCAAAAUAUAUCAUGGUUUAUAUUAGUAAAUGGUGUAAAGAUUUGUUAUACAUGAGAAACUAUAAAUUUACUCUUAUUUGGCUUUCUGUCUGUUCUACUGUUUGGCUAAUAUCAUGGUUUAUUGCGGAAAUUGUUCCUAUUUAUAAUGAUCUUCUUGGUCUCAUCGGAAGUUUAUUUAUAUCUUGGUUUACUUAUGGCACAGGAGGUAUAUUUUGGCUUUAUCUUGAAAAAGGAAGAUAUUUUGUUUCUAAGAAAAGUACAUUUUUGUUCGUCGUAAACACAUUGAUAGUCGUCUUAAGCUUUUUUACCAUGUGUAUGGGUGUAUAUUCUAAUGCUGUCGCUAUUCAUAACAAUCGUGUAAUAAAAGGUGUUUUUUCAUGUGUCGAGUAAAUUUUUAUUUUUUUGUUUAUCUAUAUAUCUAUCUGUCUG